UGCUAGAACCCUAUUGAUUAAAAAUGUGAAAGUGUAAGCGAGAAACUUGAGGCGAAAGGGCCGAGAGAGUGCUUUGUAAGAAUGAGGGGAAGUGUGGGGAAAAAAAGAGGUAAAACUUUAAACACAUCAUGAUAAAACUCUCUCACUUGAUUCGCCGCCGCCUUUGGUUUGCCGUGUUUGAAUGGCGUAUUUUUUGCCUUGCUUUAGUGCCCUGCCUGUACGGCGUCGGUGCAGUGCAAUUACCGUCGCCCGUUUUAAAGCCUUGUGACCCAGUCAAGAGAGCAGCCAUAGGCUUAAUUGUGUGUGUGUGCGUGUGUGUGUAUGCAGUCAAAACGGAUCAUCGGAUACAAAACAAAAAAAUAAUCAAAUCUUCUCGUUGUGUUCUCACCAAUCACUUGAGGAUAUGUCUGGGACAAAUAGAAGACAAGCAACACCACUGUCACCAUCUCCAUCUCCUGAACCACCAGAAGGAGUAGAAAGAGGAAAUAAUACAGGUGGCUUUAAACCUUUAUC